AUGCCGUUAAGCAUCAAGGUUAACCUCCGGGUUACCGGACACUGUAACCAGGGCGGUCGCAAAUAUAUGGAGGACAUGUUCAGUGUGGCAUACCAACAAACUUCUGAUGAUAAAGACCUGGAGUACGCAUUUUUUGGUAUUUUUGAUGGCCACGGAGGAGGCGAAGCUGCUAAAUUUGCCAAAGAUCACUUGAUGGAUAUUAUUGUUAAACAAAAAAAUUUUUGGAGUGACAAGGAUGAGGACGUCCUACGAGCUAUUAGAGAUGGAUAUGUUAAUACACAUUAUGCUAUGUGGCGAGAAUUAGAUAAGUGGCCGAGAACUGCGUCAGGAUUACCGUCAACAGCUGGUACAACUGCCAGUAUAGCUUUUAUACGCAAAGGAAAAAUUUAUAUCGGACAUGUUGGAGAUUCAGGAAUAAUCCUGGGUUAUCAGGACGAAGAUGAUCCUCAGUGGAAAGCGAAACCACUUACAAAAGAUCAUAAACCGGAGAGCGGACCAGAGAUGACAAGAAUUCAAGAGUCUGGUGGAAAAGUCAUCAGUAAAUCAGGUGUACCGAGGGUCGUAUGGAAUAGGCCUAGAAUUGGUCACAAAGGACCUGUACGAAGAUCUACUCAUAUUGAUGAAAUUCCAUUUUUAGCUGUUGCACGAUCUCUAGGUGAUUUAUGGAGCUACAAUUCAGAACUAGAUACUUUUGUUGUCUCUCCUGAGCCUGAUGUCAAAGUUAUUAAAGUAGACGUUAAAUCAUAUCGGUGUCUUAUCUUUGGCACUGAUGGUCUUUGGAAUAUGCUAACACCUCAAGCUGCUGUGGCAAUUGUUCAAGCUGCUGAAAGACACAAUGAAAAACAUUUUAUUGCUUCACAACAAACCGGAAAUCUUUUUCAGGGAGAGUCACAGAUGUGGAUAAAUCCUUCCAAAAGUUUAGUCGAUCGGGCUCUUGAAAGAUGGUCAUCAACACGUCUGCGAGCUGAUAAUACAAGUGUCGUUACAUUGAUGAUAGAUCCACCUGGACCGUCGCGCUGUGAAGUCCUGAUGAACCGUCGCCAAAAAGAGCAUGUACCUUCAGCUCCAGAUAUGAUACCAACACCUGUACCGCUCCAUCCGUGCAACCCGAAUUUCAACAACAUUGACAUUAACAAAAUCCACCCUCCGAUGGCGAAUGUUGUUGAGCCUCCAAAUCCUAUAGCGACUUCGCUAAACGUACAAAGUAAUUCUACAAAUGAAGAGUUUAAUCCAACUCUAAGUCCUUCAUCUUCUUCAUUUGGACUCAAUGAAAAUUUACCUAGCGAUUAUAAUUUCCAAGAAAAUAGUGAUAAUAAUCGUGAAUCGUUUGUUGACAAUAGUAGAUAUGAUAAAGUUAAUGAUAACGAUAAUAAUAAUGAUACUAUUUUAAGUGAACCAAGUGUUAAAGAAAGUACAAUUAUGGAGAAUAUUCAAGUUGCUGAAAUAUCUUCCUCUGACAUAAGUAGUGAUGAUAGCCAGAUUUUAUCUGGUGAAAAUACUGUUGAUGAAAAUAAAUCUGUUGAAGAAAAUGCUGACGUUGCAUCAAAAAAUAUUCCAAGUAUCAAUGAUCGUGUAAGUGAAUCAAUUGUAAAUGAUUAUUCAAUUGAAACUACUGUUACAGAAGAAAAAAUAUCUGACAAGCAUGAAGUAGAAAAUACUGACAGUCAAGAUUAUCAGUUGACAAGAGGAGAUGCAUUUUUUGGCUCUUGGGAUUCAUUUAACGGCAAUGGAUCUAAACUAAGUCGCUCAGCCAACUUUAAUUUAGCAGAUUUAAUUUCAAGCCCAACGCCAGUAGCAGAAAUCAAUUCUACUGAAGCUGACUGCAAAAAAGACCAGCUCGACAAUCCAAUUCCUAGUCCGAGUCUCGAAAAACAACCACCUGAUUUAUCCACCAGUGUAAAUAAUUACGACAAAGUUGAAAAUGAAAUAAAUUCAGCUCAACAAUCGCCUCAAUUGAUGCCAGCAACAUCAACAUCUAGCUCGGACGAUCAAAAGAUGUUACCUCCAGCAUCAUUGGACUCUUCUUCUAGAUUAAAGCGACGUCGUGAAAUACCGCUCAGACCGGGUUCAACGCGAAGAACUAAGGAAAUGAGUUAUAAUAAACGUAGACACAGUUCUACGUUAGACGAAGCUGACGACGCUAUUUGUUCGGUGCCAGAAGCGCCUAAUUUGAAACGUCGUACGCGCUCGGAAGACAGACGGUGCGACGUAAAUGGUCAAACUGACGAGAAUAAUCCAAUAAAUCAAGAGCAAUCGCAACAGCAACCACUGCUAAAUGACAGAGUACGUCGCUGGCCUGGCAAUUCACGUCGCUCAGAAGUCUCUAAAAUAAGAAAUGUUAAUUCUCCAACGACAUCUUAUUCACCACCAACAAACACCAGUACUUCUAACACUCGUGAAAAAAGUGAAAAAAUAACCGUAUCACCGACAUCAUUCCAACGACGUAGUCUUGAAAAGAAAGCUACUCCGGUUAAAACGAUAAGAAGACCCUCGAUAAAUGGUUCAAGUCGAGUUCAAAUCAGAGGAAGCUUUGCACUGAGAGAUUGGGAUCAAACGAAAUCAAAUCUUGGCCGUCGACGUGGUGUCCGCACUGGUAGCUGCUCGUCUGACAGAUCUAAAUUAAAUCGAGUUAUCACUGACAGAAAUUCUAUGACAGCUGAUCCAACGACGUCUUCCACGACACCUCAACGAUGGCUCAGAUCUGACACAAUAGCUGCUAUUCCUAUUAAAACAUUGAGAUCCCGAAAUGUCGAUAUUGCCUCCGGACACACAGUGCCUCCUCAAUUAGCUCAUCAGUACAAUUAUAUUAAGCAGAAUCGGCUAUCAAUGCCACCGCCUGGUAACACCAAGCUUCGAAUGUCAACUACGCCGGCAAAAGUUAAAACAACAGCGAUUACGACAAUGUCACCUGGUCUGACCACAGCCGGAAAAUUGAAACAAACUGGUGGCAAUAUUGCAGGAGCUAAUGGAUCAUCGGCUUCUGUGUCAGCAAACGUACCGGGAAUUGCUAAGAGAGUUAAAUCGAGUCCUUACAAUCCGAGUGCUAGAUCGCUGGGUACGCGAUCACGUCUCAAGCGACUCAGUAAAUAA